GUUCUCGUUCUUGGUUCGAAUUGGAAGACGUGUUCGUACCGUUGAAAUCCGUACCUGCUGUCAGUUUCCUAACCUCUUCGCUAACGAAUGUUCCGGUGUUUCAAAUUGUAUUAAGUUAGUAGUGACUUAUAACUCGUAACAUGAUGUCACGGUCAGUGCGUGCAGAGACUCGUAGUCGUGCCAAGGAUGAUAUUAAGCGUGUAAUGCAAGUCGUUGACAAAGUUCGCCAUUGGGAAAAGAAAUGGGUUACUAUAGGAGAGACUACUAUGAAGAUUUAUAAAUGGGUGCCUAUAUCAACUCUUGAUCAGAAAAAGAAAGGAAAAACAGUUGCAGACAAAGAGAACGGUUUGCCAAGAAAGAGUGGAUUAGAUUCUUCAAAUUCUAAUUUUGGUCUUACGGAAGAUUCUAACACAUGUUUUUCAACGGUUAGCGAUUCUCAAGGAUUAACUGACUUUUCUGCACAUCUGGGAUUUUCAGAAGAUUCAAACUCACAAAACAGUGAACCUGCACCCAAAAGGUUAAAGACUGAUUAAAGUUUAUUCUGUAAUUGUUAUUCAGAACAUAAGAUAUUUAGGAAAUCAUUUAUACCUUUUACAAAUUUGCACACUUUAAAAUUGUCUGAAAUCGUAGCUGUGAAUGAAUGAGUUAAAAAAAUUUCUUUAUUUUAUAUUUUACUAUAUGUUUAGUAAAAGUUCUUAUGUAUUGAAGGAAAGAGUAAUUGUAUGAACAUCAAUUACAUUUA